AUGGGCACAAAAGAGCGAGAUGAUGAUGUCGAAGAGAGGCCCAGCGAACGUCGACACCGUUCCAAGUCGGAAAAGGACCCGAAUCGCAAGCACAGGCCGAAGAAAAUAGAUCCCGUCACCGGUGAACCUGUCAAAUCCUCACACCGCAGUCACAAGGACAAGGAAAAGGGCAAGGAUAGCAAAGUCUCGCAGAAGGAUAGAGUCUCAGAGAAGAGCUCAAUAGCUGAUCUGGUUCCCGAACUUGCGAGAACAGCAUCUGCGCCCGGCGCGACGUCAAGAGGCAGUUUGCCCUACCCCUCUUUCAACAAAGCGCAUAGCAAGGAAGCAGUGAACAGCAGGGAGGACUUCAAGUUACCAACAAAAGCCAAACCAAAUCCUUAUACACCAGAUUCGACUGAUUUGAGUUCCGAGGAGAAGUUGAGGUCGAAAUCAGCGGAGCAUUUCAGACCCUCCCAAGGAUCAAAUACACAGAAGGAUGGCAGACCCCCGAGUCCACCAGAGACUGAAUUCUCUCAGCAGAGAAAAUCUACAUCAAGCCGGAUGUCAAAGGUGCAGGAGGAAGCGGAAACGGAGUCCAGACCAGGUUCACGCGCUUCAUGGUUCAGCAAAUCAUCGAAGAAGGAGAAAGAUGACAGGUCCAAAGUGUCGGUCAAGUCAAAGGCGAGCACAGCGAUCAAGACACCAGCAUAUACGACCGACAAGGCAUUUACCGCUGAAAUGCAACGGGAGGAGGACGACGAAUCCUCAACAGAAUCUAAUGCCACAUCUGUUGCACCAAAGCAGAACCCCCCUAAAGUUUCUAGUCAACGACCGCCAGCGUUAGAUACGAACUCAUCUCCGGGUUCUGCCCAAGAUUCGUCCCCCGCAACUCCAACACAGACCCCACAAUUUCCACCCCCAAGUAUGAAGCCCACGCCAUCUCCAUUUAUCCCUUUCGACCAACCCGAAGCAGCUUCCAGCGCAUGGGAUUCUCCGCAACCCCCACCGCCUCCGCCGCCUCCCAACGUUCCAAUAAACAUCCCUCAGGUUGACUAUCUGCUACAAAAUGGAGGACUGCUUCGUCCAGUAUCGAAAUCAUUACUUUCUGCAACCCCACCAUUUAACCCAUUGCAUAAUAGCUCGAGGGUAGGUACUCCCGUUCCAUCAGAAAUCGAGAAGAUAUUCGGACCUUAUUAUAAUGUCUUGGAUCAAUACGAGAGUGUCGUAACUAAGAAUGGAUCUCUUGCUGUUGCGACUGGCUAUAGAUCUGUGGCCAGAAGAUUAUUGGAUAGACUGGAGAAUGUCUUCAAUCGGGAUCUCUCAUCUGAAGGAUGCUUCUGUGUCAUGUGCCAGACCUCGGAUUCUAGAGAACAUGAAGGGAGCAGAGGAUUGGGUUGGGGCGAAGUUCUAGAAUGGGUCAGUGGUCGUCGUGAACUUCCCAUUUGGCCAGCAUUUGACUUUGCAACACUGGGUGUGAAGUCUGGAGAGGAUAUGGCGGGUCUUGGAAUUUCCGGACAUCAUGGCAGUGACGGCCAGAGACCUAGGUCGCCAGUAAACGUUGACCCAGAUGUUGCAGAUGAGAACAUCGAGAACUUCCUUGCGUACGCCAAGAAAAGCAAGAGGACUGUGGACAAAUGGCUUUCUAGUUGUCCCCAAACAGCCGCAGCACCUCCACAAGAAGUCGACGACGAGACACUAUCUUUCGCCAUACUGACGCAUCUCGAUAAUCAUGAUCGACCCAUCUUCAAUGCCUUAGUCACUGGUUCAAGCAGUUUGCAACCUGUAUCGAGAGCACCGACACCUCUUAGAAAGCCCAGGUCGGAUUUUAUGGUCAGGACUGUCCAGUCAUUACAGAGACUCUACAGAUUACCCGUUCCUCCCCGAGACCCAGAAGCCGCUAUAUAUCUUCUGAAGAACCCCCACCUUCAUAACCUACUGGCCACAAUGUCUUCAAUCAACAUUUCCGAGUGGGAAAUUUUGACUUCCGGUCGAUUCGACGGCUUCCUUUGGUCAGGAGCAGAACCAGAUUCAACAAAUCCAUCCCCAGCACCGUCACGUGGCCCAACACCCGCAAACGGGCGUCAAGCAUCUAAUUCCAGAACCAACACUCCUUUCUCUCCCCUCCGCAACCAAACAUUUUCUCCCUCUGUAGUAUCCAUGGGGUACCCUUCGCGCGGCCCAACUCCGGCGUCCCAGUUCCGCCAUCCUGUGUCUAACGACGAAGAAACAGAGAUUGCAGUCUUAGCUGAAAUUGAGCGAGAGAUCUACCAAGGCAUGGAAGCGCUCGAAGAUGCCUUUGAAGGCUUACACCGGAAAGCCGAGCUCGUUCGACGGGCUCUGCGGGAACGAGGUGCUGGUCUUUCUAUGAGCUUGCAGAGUCGACGCACCAGUCAUCCUGACAUCAUCAGUGCAAGCACGCCCGGCUUGGGUCCUGGCUACGAGCGCCCGAGUUGGCAAGAUGGCGGGUCCGAAUUGAUGAGCGAGACGGACUGGGAGCCGGACGAGGAACUCAUGAGCGAGAUUGCUCCCGAUGAUAGCGCGAGUAAUAUUAGUAGUUCGAGGCAUAGGCGGCCGAAGAGGAGAAACGAGAGAAGAACACCGGCGUUGGUCGAGGAGGAAGAUGAAGAUUGA